GUUUGGGUUCACCGUUCCCUUCCCUUGAUUAUACUUAGUAUUUGUUGCAAUAAAUUUCAUUAUUUGCUAAUUCAAUUGCAAAUAUGUACCAUUAAUUUGUGCAAAAUAAAUUAGUCCUCGGAAAUUGGAACAACGUUAAACCCUCCCACCAUAUUUAUAAAGCCCAGCCAUAGAGCCCAAACCAAGUAACCAGUCUUCUUCUCUCAGUUGUCUUUUCCUUUUGUUACUGAUGGAUGUACUGCACAAGACCCAUGUGAAGCUCCUAGGCUUCGAUCUCCUGUCUCUAACUCCGUCCCCCAACAACUCAUCCACUUUCUAUCUCAAAGACAAGCCAAUCUCACGCGCCGAAAUCCUGGGUGUAAUCACUUCUCGGGACCAAAAACCCAACAAGUUUCUCAAGUUCACGCUCGACGAUGGCACCGCCAAUGUCACUUGCGUCCUCUGGCUGAACCACCUUACCUCCCCUUACUUCUCAUCCCGCCAACCGGCGACGGUUCGAGUUAUUUCCCAGGCGGCAAAACGUUUCGCCUCCGAUGUCCAGAUUGGGAAAGUCGCCAGAGUACGGGGCAGGAUCACCUGCUACAGAGGAAAGCUGCAGGUCACCGUUUCUGAUGUUGUGAUUGAAAGGGACCCCAACGCCGAGAUUUUGCAUUGGCUGGAUUGCCUCAGCUUGGCUCGCAGCCGCUACGGCGGUUAGUUUGGGCAUAAACGGAAAAAUAAUUAUAA